AUGUUAUUUACCACAAAUUUAUAUUUUGUUCAUAAAAUAGCAAACGUUUUUAUAGAGAAGUGACAAUAAUUUGGAAACAUAAUGUCCGUGGUCAUUGAAACCACAAUCGGUGAUCUUACAGUGGAUCUAUUUACCGAGGAGAGGCCUGUAGCUUGCUUAAAUUUUAUGAAAUUGUGUAAAUUAAAAUACUACAAUUAUAAUCUUUUUCACACAAUCGAACAAGGUUUCAUUGCACAAACGGGCGAUCCGAGCGGUGCAGGAGAUGGCGGCAGUUCGAUAUGGGGAGUUGUCGAAGGACAUCAUAAAAGAUUCUUUGAAGCUGAAAGUUUGCCAAAAAUUCAUCAUACGACGGCCGGUCUUUUGUCGCUGGUGGGAGCUGGAAAACAUUUGGUGGGCAGUCAGUUUUUCUUUACACUGGGUGAGAAUUUAACAUCUUUGGAUGGUCAGCAUUGUGUUAUUGGUGAGGUUGUAGAGGGUCAUGAAGUGCUGAGACAAUUGAAUGAAUCUAUAGUAGAUGACAAUUUUCGACCUUAUCAAGAUAUCAGAAUAACCCAUACGGUCAUACUAGAAGAUCCCUUUCCGGAUCCUAGAGGCUUUCGAGAACUAAGUCGUUCACCCUCACCGAGUGCUGAGCGAUUGAAAAAUGGACGUAUCGCUGCUGAUGAAGAUAUUGAUGACACCGAUGGCAAGAGCAUGGAAGAGAUUCAGGAAAUGCUGGCUGAACGUGAAGCCAAAGCAAGAGCAACAAUUUUGGAAAUAGUUGGUGAUUUGCCAGAUGCUGAAAUGGCACCUCCAGAAAAUGUUUUGUUCGUUUGCAAGCUAAAUCCAGUCACGAACGAUGAUGAUUUAGAAAUCAUAUUCAGUCGUUUUGGAAAAGUUAAAGGGUGUGAAGUUAUACGUGAUCGCAAGUCUGGUGACUCUUUACAAUAUGCUUUUGUAGAGUUUGAAGACCAAAAGUCGUGCGAAGCAGCCUACUUUAAAAUGGACAAUGUGUUGAUAGAUGACCGUCGCAUUCACGUAGACUUUUCGCAAUCAGUGUCGAAAGUGCAGUGGAGAGGCAAAGGUAGAGGUAUUGAAGGCGAUAGCAAAGGUUUAGAUUUUAAUAAUUUAAGAGACAAAGGAGACAAACGAAAUGAUGGCACAAGGAGAGAUUAUAAAGAAAGAAAUAUUAAUUCAGGAGCAAGAAGGGAUAGAGACACUCGUGAGAAUCGUCUUAAAAGACAAUCGCGGUCACGGGAAAGUAUGACAUCAGCUGAAAGGCGCAAGGCACGAGAAGAGCGUCAUCGUGAACAAGACAGACAGCGAAAACCCCCAACUCGUAAUCGAUCAUUAGAAAGAAGUGAUAAAAAGGACAGAAGUGGCUACAACAGAUCAGAAAAACAGCGCAUAAGUUCUAGAUCCAGAUCUCGCAAUAGAUCAAUUGAAAAAACCGACAGAAGAGAAAAAGUCAGAGGUCAUUACAAUAGAACAGAAAACGACAAACAUGAAGAUAGAUCUCCACCAAGACAACGCCAAAAUACUUACGUAGAUAAAAGAUACAAUGACAGAUAUAAUUCAGAAAGAAGAUCUAGACAGUCUCCACAAUCAAAUCAUAAUAGACAUAAAUCAUCAGAAGACCGGCAAUUGGAUAGAAAGAGAGCAUACAAUUCUACAGAGUAUAAUAAAGAAAAUGGUGCCACAUCCUCGAAGAAACACAAAAAGCUGGAACAAAAGAAAAAGUCAAAGAAAUCAAAGCAUGAAACUAGCAGCGACGAAUCCUCUUCUGACAACGACUCAUCUUCUUCGUCUGAAACAAAUUCUAGCGCUUCAGACAGCUCCUCGGAGGAAGAACGAAAGAAAAAGAAAAAAUCUAAGAAAACUAAACAAAAAAAGAGCAAAUCAAAGAAAAGUAAAUCUAAAAAACAUAAAAAAUAAAGCGAACAAAAAAUA